UCAAAAUUCUCAGACAACCACAACCCCUCACCCGCCCACUCCAAUUGAGGUUCUAGAACAGAACGGCGGUAGGAGCUCGUGCUGCUGAAGUUGCCUGGCGACGAAGACUUGAGAAGGGGGCCGUGGAUUAUUUACAUCGUCCCGAAAGCGGAUUAUAUUAUCGAUGGCAGCGGGCGAGGAGUCCGCUCUCCCGGCUGGCAUAGCUGGGAGCCGCAGCGUGGAAAAGGCGCUGGAAGAAGCCGUGGCGAGCGGCGCGUUAAACUUAUCCAACAGAAAACUUAGAGAGUUCCCCUCCGCCGCUAGAAAUUGCGAUUUAUCCGACAUUACGCAAGCGGACCUGUCGAAGAACCGUCUCUCGGAGCUCCCUGAGGAGCUGUGCCAGCUCAUCUCCCUGGAGACCCUGAACAUGUACCACAACUGUGCCAGGAGCAUCCCGGAUAGCAUCGGCAACCUGCAGGCUCUCAGCUACCUGAACAUCAGUCGGAACCAGCUCACCUUCCUGCCAGCCUACCUGUGCCACCUGCCCCUGAAGGUCCUGAUCGCCAGCAACAACAAGCUCUCCGCCCUGCCAGACAACAUCGAGGCCAUGGGCAACCUGCGACAGCUGGAUGUCAGCUGCAAUGAGAUCCAGUCUCUCCCACCGCAAAUCGGCAGUCUGGAAUCUCUGCGGGAUCUCAGCGUGCGGAGGAACAACAUCACAGUGCUUCCGGACGAGCUGUCAGAGCUGCCGCUGGUGCGUCUGGAUUUCUCGUGUAACCGCGUCACGCGGAUCCCCGUCUGUUAUCGCCACCUGCGCCACCUGCAGGCCAUCGUCCUCGACAACAACCCGCUGCAGUGCCCCCCCGCGCAGAUCUGCACGAAGGGUAAAGUCCACAUCUUUAAAUUCCUGAACAUCGAAGCCUGCAGUAAGACCGCGCAGGAGCUGGAGGAGUUCGAGCGAGCGGCCCGACCCACUGGCUUUGCCUCCUGUCUGUCGGAUGAGUUCUGCCCGGUGCGGCAGUACGGAGGACUGGAUUCGGGGUUCAACAGCGUGGACAGUGGCAGCAAGCGCUGGUCAGGGAACGAGUCCGCGGAUGAUUUUUCUGAUCUGUCUCUUCGCAUGGCUGAGAUCACGCGGGAUCAGAGGCAGCUGAGAGAGAGCCGAUCCUCUCACACGCUGGGGGCCAAAAGCUCCGUGAACGGAGAGGUGGAACAGAUAGAUUUCAUCGACAGCAGUCUGAACGGAGAGGAGGAAGAUGACUCGAAAUCAGAUUCCAGCCCACAGCAGCAGACAGCGCCCCCUGAGGAAAAGACACAAAAGAAGAAAACAUUGUCCCCAAAAUUAGAGGCCACGGAUAAAACACAAAUUAACAGGCCAGCGGUUUGUUUGGAGCUCCCGGGGUCCCUCAAGGGGUCCCGCGAUGAUUCGACAAGCGCGGCCCCCCCUGCCAGCCCUCCCUCGGAGGAACGCAGGCACCCCGAGAUCCUGCAGAUCUGGAAGGAGAGAGAGAGGCAGCAGCAGGCAGCACUGAGGAGUGCUUCCACACAGAAGACUGGAGCAAGCACAAUGCCUGCACUGCAGACAGGAAAUACUGGUGGUGGUCAACCAGAAAGCAGCUCCCUCCACUCUGUGAAACAGAGGUGCCAGAGUUCAGAUCAAGCCCCUGUCAACCCGACUCUCUCUCGCAGCGUCUCCAAGACAGAUCAGGCCCUCUCCCCCAGGGAGACGGGCUCCACGCAGAAACCCAACAGCUUCCUGUUCCGCUCCACCUCCAGGAACGUGGUGAAGCCCGCAGGUUCAGUGACUUCCUUGGUGGACACUGGGAUCUGUGACUCAAAGUCAGGACUCCGGUCACAGAGCUCGUCGGAGCACCUGCCAGAAGAGAAGGAGUUGAUAGCGCAGCUCAGAAAGACCCUCGAAUCAAGGUUACGGCGCUCGCUGCCUGAAGAUCUGGGCGAGGCUCUCUCAAACGGAGCCACCCUCUGCCAGCUGGCCAACCACGUGAGGCCACGGAGCGUUUCCAUCAUCCACGUGCCCUCCCCCGCCGUGCCAAAGAUCAGCGCUGCCAAAAGCAGACGGAAUGUGCAGAAUUUCAUCGACGCCUGCAGAAAACUGGGAGUGUCUGAGGACCUCAUCUGUCACCCGCAGCACAUCCUGGAAGACGAAGGGUUAACCAAAGUGGCCCGGAUGGUUCAGGCACUGACAGAGACAGCCGCGCAAGGACCCCUCUAGCUCCUAGGACAAGGGCUGCCUCUACCGCUGCCCGACUCAAACUUGCCUAACACAGUCCGGUCAAAGAUGUUCUGUGAUACCGAAUCUAGAACAUUUCUGCAGUAAUAUAGAUAUUCUUGGUCCAGUGCAACCCAUAACUUGUUACCAGGUGUCAAAAGAACCAAACUCAAAUAGCACCAGGUAAUACACAGCAAAUAAUUGCGGAGUCGCAUAGCAUUGUGAACCCAUCCCAGGUCUUCUUGUGAGCUCUGCUUACCUGCACACAGAUAUCCCUUUUAUACUGGCACUUUUAAGCCUUGAGUCGAGGGGCGGGGUUAAUUAUAUCCAUCAUUACGUUGGGUCAGUCUGUCCGUCAGUGUGUUUUUUUUAAUUAAUUUAUUUUUUUACCAUAUGGCCUCUAAUCCCGAGUAUCUUGCUGACCACAUUACUGCACUCUCUCUCUCUCUCUCUCUCUCUCUCUCUCUCUCUCUGUCUCUCUCUCUCUCUCUCUCUCUCUCUCUGAGAAGCGUUCUCCUGUCAUUGCAUUCGGUAAUAUAUGAAGAACGUUAAAACGAAGAAAAACACAAUUUCCACUGCUGUCCACAAGGUGGUGCUAUUUCACCAUUCAGAGGUUUUUCAACUCCCAUGUUUUUUUUUUGUUUGUUUGUUUUUUCUUAAAGGGAUUUCCAUUUUCUUCAGUUUGCCGCAGUCUUGGCUGAACGUUACGAACGAAGCUAUAAGGUAAAAAAAAAAUAAAAAAUUAAAUCCGGUGUUUUAUAAGCGUCUAAAGCAACGUUUGACGAGCGUCGUGCAAAAUACUAAUUUCAUUAUUCAGAAGAUAAAGGCAUUCAAUUGCCGGAACAGGAAACCGUUUUUAUUGCACGUGGUAUGCAGUUAUUUUUUUGCAACAAUAUAUAUAUAUACUGUAAAAGAGACGCUCGCCACACAGGCUCUCUCAGGCUCUUUCCCCUUUAAAUUGAACCAAACACAGGACAUUUUUUUUCAGAGCGGUUGCGCUAAUUUUCUUUUAUUCUUACACACACACAAAAGAAACUCUGGAGUGCUAACUAAAUUACAGGAACACCCUGUCUAACACGGGACAGCUAAGCUGUUUCCCCGUCCUUACAAAAACACAGCGAGAAUCGUACACACAGUACCUUUUUCCCUUUUAAUGACUCACAGUCGGGCUCUUCACACAGCAGCAGCCCUGAGCAGACUGACUGCUCUCCUUAAGUACCCUGCACCUGGCUCUAAUUUACAAUGAUAGCCCGGUGCAGGGGAUAAUUAACAAAAAUUAACAAUUAAAUUAGGGUUUUUCAGCCCAUGUCCUUCUGGGAGGUGUAGUCCUGUUUUCUCCCCAGACUACACUAUCUUACAAUAUAUAUAUA